UCAUUUCUAAUUGUGAUUCGUAGGAAGUAAGUUGUCUAGUGCUAUAUAUAUAUAUAUUCAAGUAAAAUUGUUUUAAAUCGGAACACACAACAAUAAUAUAUACAAGUAAACACCACUAAAUAUCGGAAAAGAAAGAAGAGCAAAUAAUUAAAUUACAAAAGAAACCAAGAGAAUAUCAAGCUAAAUCCCAUCAUCCCAUCAUCCCAUCGUUUUUGGUCUUCUGGUUCUUGUUCAUCACCGACGUUAUUGAUAUUGAUAUUGAAUACUGGAUAUUAAGAUACAUAUAUACAAACGCAUCGUAUCUGGGAUAAACGUUCAUCACAAGGAAUAUUAAUGAUACGCAAAGGCUGUAACUGUAAACUGUGUCCCCUCUCACGUAAGACGUAACGUAAGGCAGCCUGUGGAAACGACGUAGUUUGGACGCAAUCAGAAAAAUCUCCAAGGAGGACGCAGCUAACGCUAGAAGUACAUCCAACGGUAUACAUGCGUGCUACAAGUAAAUCAGUGAAAGACAUCUCAAUAGCCCCAGCCGUCGCAUAACCGUCAUCCAAUCCGAUCCGAUCCGGUCCGAUCCGAUUCGAUUUGAGCUGAUCUAAAACAACAACCUCCGCCGUAACCAAAAAGGAAACAAAUAGCAAAACACCGGAGCCGCUCGAUCCAGCGAACGGCAGCGACAAGAAGUUUUUUUCGGCCAGCGCGCACCCCCAAACUCCAGAAACAGCCUCAAGAUUCUGCCCUUCGGAGCACCCAACUUUCGUCUGGAGACGACACCCGCAGAGAUGCACAAAAUAGCAGCAGCGCCGCCUCCAUCGGCAACGCCCGGCGGAGGACUGGAGACGCCCCUGGCGGCGCCAAAAUACGGCACACUAAUACCCAAUCGCAUCUUUGUGGGUGGCAUCAGCGGCGAUACCACCGAGGCUGAUCUAACCCGCGUCUUCAGCGCCUAUGGCACGGUAAAGAGCACCAAAAUCAUCGUGGAUCGAGCAGGUGUGAGCAAGGGCUACGGAUUCGUCACCUUCGAGACGGAGCAGGAGGCGCAAAGACUGCAAGCGGAUGGUGAAUGCGUGGUACUAAGAGAUCGGAAGCUGAACAUUGCACCGGCCAUCAAAAAGCAGCCCAAUCCUCUGCAGUCAAUUGUGGCCACAAACGGAGCCGUCUACUAUACCACCACGCCGCCGGCACCGAUCAGCAAUAUACCCAUGGAUCAGUUCGCAGCCGCUGUAUAUCCGCCAGUUACUGACUUUACAGCCGCUGGAGUGCCAGCCAUCUACCCACCUUCAGCCAUGCAAUAUCAGCCAUUCUAUCAGUACUACAGUGUGCCAAUGAAUGUACCCACCAUUUGGCCUCAGAACUACCAAGAAAACCAUUCGCCAUUGCUGCACUCGCCGACGUCAAACCCGCAUUCGCCACACUCCCAGUCGCAUCCACAAUCCCCAUGCUGGAGUAUCGAGGAUCUGAGGGAUACUUUGCCGAGGGUAUAGCUAUCGAUGGAUGCAAUAGUGGCGGGUAUAGCAGCAAAGGCUGGAACAGUACAACCAUCAUAUUUCAUAGAGGGAGCUACGGCGGAGGAGACACACAUUAGUUAUUAUUCAGUAAGGAUCGAAAUCGGAAGAAAUGGGAGUGACGUUAUGGUACGAGGACUGGAGAUGAUCAUCCGUGACAAGAUUAUAAUAAUAUCCUGGGGCAAAAAGGAACUAAAGCAUAUACGAACAUCAUAUACGAAUCAAAUCGAUAAGAUGUGGGAUCUUGGCGAGAAAAAUCCAUUUGUUAUUAGUUAUUUAUUUGUUUAUUUUUCAUUUUGUAUUCGUGCCCACCAACGCCAAACGCCAACGUCGACGCCACCGCCACCACCCUAAUUAACUUCACGCUUGCAACCCCAUCGGGGGAGCGCUCACUUCACGUUCCUGAGUUAAUAUUGUUAUUAGUUGUUCGUUGUUUUGUUAUCAAAGUUUUUCUGUUAUUGGGCAAAGGGUGUGUGCGAGCGAGUGUGCAAAGAAAUAAAAGAGUGUAGGAAGAGGCCAAUAUCAGCAAGCGGAACAACGAACAUAAACAACGUCGUUUCCCAUCACAUUUUACCCACUCAGCCAGCUAAAAAACCCCGAACAUAACCGAAGCGUUGCCGAAUCAUAUCCAAACUUCUUCAAAAUCGGGAGCCCCAGUGGGAACAACCCAAGUUAACCACCGUACCAUCAUAACCAACUGCAAGAAUCCGCUGCUAUAUUAUCGCCCGAUCCGAGCUCUUGGCCCUAAAGGAAGCGUUUUGACCAUUGGACAGCGCUACAUUAGCAUUGCAAAAUGUUUUGGGCUCCGUUUUUGUUUGGGGUUAUCGUACCGAAAUUUCACCAUUUCAUCGUUAAGGCUUAGGUUCUUUUCGCCGAUAUUUCGAAACGAAUGUAAUUAUCAAAAUUUGUUCUAGUUUUCUGUGUGUAAAAUGAAUUGAUUCCAAAUUAUUAUUGAAGUGUUAAUGUUCCGAUUUAGAUUCGCUUGUAGAAUGUCUCAUUCCUUAAUGAAAAUAAAAUUAAGCCCAAAACAAAAACGAAAUCUUUUUUUAUUUUAUAUAUUUAUAUGUAUAUCAUUUGGUAUUUAUUUCCAUUUUCAGUUCUUCCUUCCUCCCUCUGUGUGUAGCAUAAUUUUUAGGUGCUGCGAAAUACAAAAAGCAACGAAUCUUUCAGUAGCAUGGCAGUCGAAAAAAAAAAGCUAAUCGUUAGGCAGAUAAAAUGAUAAAAUAGUUGAAUUAAACGGUUGUGUCAAAUUAGCUCUAAUCUCCAAGUGGAAACCCAAAGGAAAUUUAUUAGGACUAAACUUGUCGAAAAUCUAAAUGUAGUUCAAUUACGAUUGGUUUGCUAAGCUCGCUCGUCUUUGAAUCCUAUCUCUCACUACCGUGUGUGUAAACUUUAAUCUUCCCGAAUGCGAUCAACCAAAGUAAUUAUAAUCUAUAUACGGAGGCAUACAUAAAAAAACACAUACACUUAGGCGAUGGGUUAGUAUAUGCGAAAAUAUAUACAUACAUACAUACAUACAUAUAUAGAAAUGUACAAGAACAAUAUCUCGAUGGCGUCUUCACACAAGUAUAAUACGGUAAUCAGAUACCAAGUUAUAAUAUUUAUGAAAGGGCAGAUAAGAAAUGUGGGGUAAGCCGAACAUUUUUACAUAAGAAAAUGCAUUUUUUAACAAACGUCUACGUGUGAAUUGAAUAAAACUUAUAUGUGUAUACACGCAUAUAUUAUAUACAUUUUAUUAAAAAUAUAUAUAUAUAUAUAUACAUAUAUAUGUAUAAUGUAAAGCCGAGCAGCAAUUUUUUAUAACAAGAAGCGGCCCGAGGAAGCGAAAAAGAAACCGAUUCAGGAGUGCAGCUGAAAUCAACUGCCCAGUGGGCUUUCGUGCUUCGAGGCUUCACUGUGCUCCGUGUGUGUGCGUUAAAACGUUUUUUGAAGUAAAAUUUAAUUUACACAAGACUGACGCUAAAAAAUAACUAAGAAUAUUAAAAGUGUACUAACCGUUUACGAAUUUUUCAAAUGCCACACACGGAGUAAGUGGAGGUCAGAGGUCAAGGGUCCCACGGAGAAUGCAGGAAGCAGGACGCAGGACGCAGGAUACAGGAUGCAGGAUGGUGGGGUUGUUUUGGGGGCACCGCUUUGUAUAUGGUUAUAUUAUAUUGUACUUAAAAAUGAAAAACCUGAGAUAUAUAUAUUAUAUAUAUUUAUAUUUACAAUAAAAAAAAAACCAAGCGUAAAACUACAAAGUCAUAAUUUAUGAACAAUUAAAUGAAGCGAAAUGAAAUUAAUGGUAAAUAACAAAAUAUACAGUGUUAUUUUUAUUUUUAUGAUAUUGUACUUACAUUAGUAACUAACAAAGUAACGGCGCAGCAAUAAUAACUAAAUUAAUUAGCAACCAGAACUAGGCAAAACAAAAAAAAAAAUACCCCACAAGAAAAUGUGAUGAAUUAUUGUAUAAAAACAUAUUGAAAGUCCCAUUAUCCGGAAAUCACGAUAUCUGAGUUUCGGUAGAUCAUUAUUUGGCAUUAGAAUCGCUAGACGGAGAUCUCCUUUAAUCGGACAAGCCUAUGAAUACAAUAAACGUGCAACGAACUCUUUUAGAUUUAUCGAGGAUUUACCUUAACGGACACAUAGGUGCAUUACGUAGUUCUCGAACCGAAGUGUUUGAAUUAUUGUUGUAUUUAGUAGCCAUCAUUACACCCGCGCAUUACCAAAAUUUGUUUUGGGUCAUUGUUGUCAGCAAAAGUAUCUUUUUUAAAUUACGAUUUCUAACAUAUACAUACAGAGCAAUUUCUAGAGCGAGAUCUCGAUGUAGAGGCAAAAACAUGGCAAAUGGUGAAAAGCAAAACGACAACAAGAACAAAACAAAUCGGUUUUUCUAUCAAUGUUGAAUGGCGAAUGUGUAGGAAAUAUUUAACCAUAUAUACAACAAAUAUAAAUUGUAGCUAAAAUGGUUUCAUGUAAACGAAAUUGUUGAGUAUUUUUAGUCACGAAAGAGAAUCGAAGUAAAACACAACACACCCCAAAAAGACCGAGACAGACAGACAAAAAUGAAGAAUUUACAAUAAAAUUGUGCAAUUUUUACGCAGUUUCCAUAGAUUCUUCUCUGAAUUAGUAGUAGUUGUCCUUAUUUCCACAGAUAUUUGCACAGAAUUUCGUUUAUUGCCUUCUGCUGACAAACUGUCCAUUGAGCCUCUUUCACUUGUUUAAUUUUGAUACCCUAGAAAGCCGAAAUUCUGUUGCAAAAUAUAUAGAAGAAAUUAAUCUUAAAUUAAUUCCAAGUGCAAGUCGCACAUUGUGAGAAUCUGUGCUGAAGCCGAUGCAGGAUAAAAAUAAAUACACUUGUAGACAAAAAAAAAAAAGGAUAACGACGCCGCGAUACAGAUACCGAUACACCUAUGUUAAGCCAAUUAAAGCGCCCAAUGAAUGUGCUAUAAAGCGAACGCGAUAGGAUUACCAGAAAAAUACAUAGCAAUGAUUAGCUGAAACGUAAUGAAAAUACUAGACAAAUUAUACUUUUAGCUAAAAUCAAGUGGAACUAUGAAAUUGUAUCCAAAUUCUUCCGUAAAAGAAAGCACAUUUCUAGCAAACAAUUUACCAUACAUAAGAGUCUAAUAUACAUAUACUACUAUACUGAGCAGCAUAAAAGUAGAGUCAAGGAAAUACGUAAAUCAGAUGACACAAAUAUAAGAUACGCCCGAAAUACAGAGAAAAACUACAGAUCAGAUCAAGGCAAUUGCAGCCCACUAAGGAAAUGAUAUCAGCAUGGAAAAGAGAUUUGAGAUUUGAUUGGGCAUAGAUGGAGAAUGAUGGGAUUAGGAUUAGCAAUAGCCGAUAGCAAAGGGCCCGAUUCUAGAGAAAUAUCCAACUGAUCUCUACUGUGUUCUAUGCUUUAGUGGGGGGGACACAUAUGUAUGUACGAAAAUAAGCAAAGUACAUAUAACUUGAAAACCCAAAGUAUUACCAUUUUGAGCUGCAAUAUUUUUUAAUCAAAUACCAAACGAAAGAUGAAAUGGAUUUAAUAAUAGUAAAAUACAAAGAUAAUAAUUAAUAUAUAUUUUUCUCUUUUGAGAUAAACCAAACGGAAACACUGUUUUCACAUGAAUUGAGUUAGGCAACAAAUAAACGAGGUCAUAAAAUAACAUAACAUAUUUCAAAAAAAGUAUCAAAACCAAAGCUAGCUAAGGAAAUGCACAAAGUUUUGUGUGUAUUUUUCGGUUUUUAUUCAUGUGUGUAAAUCUUCCGUGUGCAAAACAAAAAAAAAAUAAAUAAAUAAAAACGAAGUAUGAAAAAAGAAGCAAACCAGAACUACACUACACUACAAAAGCAAAGCCAGACACUAAGCCCAACUGAAAUUGUCAAAUAUAAAUUAAUAUAUAUGAGGUCUAUAUGAGUAUAUAUUUAGAUAACAAUUAUAUUAUAUAUAUAUACAUAUAUAUUAUAUACAUACUGUGUGCAAAUUAUUCAGAUCCAUCAAAAUACGAUGCGGAAAAGUCUCUAUAUAUAUUUAGUAAAAUUAAAACGAAAGCGAAUGAAAAAUGAAUACGUAGUACAAUGACAAGCGAAAUAAAAAGUAUAAAGCAAAAACAUAUAUGAAAACACAAAAUUUGAGGAAACGGAAAAUUAAAAAGAAUCUAUGAAUAGCAUAUAAAAAUAAUUAUUUAUAAAGGCUGUAAUUUUAAGUAAAAUGAUCAACCCGAUAAACAUGAUAAAACUCAAAAAUAAAACACAAAAAAAAAAAAAACGAAAACCAAACAAAAAACUUAACAUAAACAUAUUUCACCCACAAUGCAAAUUAAAUUAAACUAAAACAAAAUGUAAACAAAUCGCGAGAAUAUACUAUAAAACAUAAGUAAGAAACGAUAUCUAAAAACGAAAUUAUAAAGCUAAACGAACAAAUUAUAUGAAGUAAAAUUACAUACCAAACCAAAGGAAGUAAAGCAUAAAUAUAAAACCCCAAAAUUAUAUAUAUACGAGAACUCAAUGUAUGUAAUAAAUAUAAAACUAAUUAAUAAAAUCUUAAAAAUGGAAUAAACCGAAUG